GGGAUCCCUUGAUUAUCUCCUUCCCACUCCUCUCCCUCCAAAACAAUCACACCACAAAGGAAACAAAACAAAAAAAAAUGGCUCGCAAGAAAAUUUGAAUUUUAAUCUGCCAAAACUAUUCGAAAAAAAACCCUAUGUAUAGCUAUGGCGAAUCGAGACGGCGUGAACGGGAAGCAACUCGAACGGAGGAAGACGAUGACGAUGAACUGGGCGGGGUUAGGGGAGUUUGAAGAAGACGACCACGACGACGACGACCACUUCUUCGAGACCUCUAACCGCAUCUCCACCGUCGUACCCGUGGAUUUAGCUUCAUCCUCCGACGAGGAAGGCGAGUUCGACGAUUGCCGGAUCUCCUUCUCCCGCCCUCCUCCUCCUCAUCCCGAGCCGAACAUGUCUCCCGAUUACGAUAUCUGGAUGUCGGCGCCCGGAUCUAUAACCGAGCGCCGACGCAAGCUCCUCAACGGGAUGGGGCUGGAGUCGAGGAAGAGCAUGCUCGGUUCCAUCUCGAUCCAGCGCGUGAGCAAUCCCGUAACGGCUCAGCUAGCCGUUACGGAAGCAGCGAAGGUCAAAGAUCCCGAUCGUGAUCCUUUUCCGGUAGUAGCGAAUCAACAACGUCUUCAUCGUUCUCCUGAGCAUAUGAUCGUACGGUCCAGAUCUGAUUCUGACAUCGAAUCUUCCUCCGCGGAGAAAAAGAGGAGAGACGAGAUGUUAGGGAAGAAAACGUCGAAAUCACGUCUCACCAGAACCGCGUCUGCUGCGGUUGGAGCUCACUGCGCGAGAACGCAAACGCAAGCCUCGCCUUCUGCAAAACCAAACGGUCGAUCUCAAGGCGGGAAACGUUGCGGCGCGAUGCUCUCCUCCGCGGUUUCGAAUACUCAGUUCAGCGCCUUCUUCCUGAUAAAGAAUCUAGAUACAGGCAAAGAGUUCGUGGUGAAGGAGUACGGAGAGAACGGGAUGUGGAACCGGCUCAGCGAUAUCCAAACCGGUAAGCAGCUGACGAUGGACGAGUUCGAGAAGAGCGUCGGUUACUCUACCGUCGUUAAAGACCUCAUGAGGCGAGAGAGCGCCGCGAGCUCGACUAAUGACAUGAGGAAGUUGAUGUCGAAGAGCUUGAGAGUGAGCAAGAAGAAAGGAGCCGCGUUGCUUAAGAACAUAAAGGGAGUCGCUCACUCGAUGAGCUCCAAGGCUUCUUCUUCGGAGAAGGAUUCUUCUUCUGCUGGUAGUAGUAGUAGUCCUAAAGUAGUCGACGCGAAGAGCAACGACCAAGGGAAUCAGUGGGUGAAGGUGAGGCAUUCGGGGAAGUCACAUAAAGAUCUGAGCGCUUUGCAUCUCUGCCAAGAGAUUCAAGCUCAUCAAGGAGCUAUCUGGACUAUGAAGUUCAGUUUAGAUACUCAUUUGUUAGCGAGCGGAGGGGAGGAUUGCGCGAUUCACGUGUGGGAGGUUCAGGAAUGUGAGAUCAUGUCGAUGAACGAAGGGAGCUUGACACCGAUUCAUCCUUCCAUGUCUGCUUCUUCUUCUUCUUCUUCUUCUGCGGAAGGUGGUGAUGAUUCAGAAGUGCACAGCGAGAAGAAGAAGAAAGGGAAAGGUUCGUCUGCUAGAAAAGGAAACCAGAUACCGGAUUACGUCCAUGCGCCUGAAACUGUCUUCUCGCUGUCGGAUAAACCAAUGUGCUCUUUCACUGGCCAUUUGGAUGAUGUUCUGGACUUAUCCUGGUCUAGGUCAAAUCUAUUGCUUUCAUCUUCCAAGGACAAAACCGUACGGUUAUGGGAUAUCGAAACUCAAAGCUGCCUAAAACUGUUUGCCCACAAUGACUAUGUUACUUGUGUACAUUUUAAUCCAUUGGAUGAAGAUUACUUCAUAAGUGGCUCACUUGAUGCCAAGAUCCGUAUUUGGAACAUAUCGAACCGUCAAGUAGUGGAGUGGAAUGAUCUAAAUGAAAUGGUUACCGCGGUUUGUUACACUCCUGAUGGUCAGGCUGCAUUUGUAGGCUCGCAUAAAGGAAACUGCCGGCUUUACAGUGCAGAGGACUGCAAGCUGGAGCAAACAAACCAUAUUGAUCUGCAAAACAAAAAGAAAGCUCAAGCUAAAAAGAUCACAGCUUUCCAGUUUUCACCGAUUAAUCCAGCAGAAGUGCUUGUAACUUCUGCUGAUUCACGCAUUCGGAUUCUUGAUGGCACUGAACUUGUUCAAAAAUUCCGAGGUUUCAAAAACACAUGCAGCCAAAUGACAGCAUCGUACACACUAGACGCUAAACACAUUAUCUGCGCAAGCGAGGACUCGCAGGUUUACGUGUGGAAACACGAAGAGCCACGACUAGGAAUCACCGGUAGAAAAACCAUCGCCAUGUGUACUUCUUACGAAACCUUCCCUUGCAAAGACGUUUCCGUUGCAAUCCCCUGGCAUGGCGUCGUAAAAGGCGAACCACCACCCACACAAACUCAUUCCAAGAAAAACACGAAAAAAACUUCAACCGCCACUACACAAGAAAACGCAACCGGUGGUAAAAAGUCCGGUCUCCCACCGUUACCUAAGAAAAACAAUGACAACACCGCCGACGGAGCAACAGAAGAACAUCAAGAAGAUGAGCCCGGGACGACGAAUACUCCGCAGAACGAAACAGAGAACAAUACAGGAGAGACACUAAAGCCAGGGGACUCACCUUCUACUUCGUUAUCAUCUCGGAUAUCUUCCUGGUCUUGGUUUGAUGGUAGUGGCAGUCAUGGAUCGCAUAAUCAACCAACGGCUUGGGGAAUGGUGAUCGUUACAUCCACGAUCGGUGGCCAGAUCCGGGCGUACCAGAAUUUCGGGUUGCCCCGCAGAGUCAGUCGUCAAGGCUCUCUGUUUUGACGCGGUUCAUGUACAUUAUAUACGUAUAUUUAUACAGUGUACAGCUCCUACGAAGUUCUUGUAUAGUCUACUGAGUUUGAUAUGUAUAUUAUAUAACCGUAGA